AUGACCCCGGCUGACGCGCUCGGAGCUCUUUUGGGCGACGACGAGAGAGCUUCGGGCAGCGAGCUCGACAUUUUCUCCGUUCACAACUUUGAGCCAGGAUCAGUCUAUCGGACUAAGGCUAGAAUGCACGGUGUCAAGCGAACACGAGUCACGCCUCAAGCGGCCGAGGCGAAGCGGCUGAAGGAUCAAGCGAAGAUUGAAGCAUACGUCGCAUUACAGACGGAGGUGAUGCAGAGAAAGCAGGCGAAAGAGUACACCCCCGAAGCUUUGAAGCGGACCUCUGACCUGCUCGACCUGAACCCAGAGUACUAUACCGUCUGGAACUACAGGCGGCAUAUCCUUCUGCGUGGACUCUUCCCGUCCUGCGCACCAGCUGAAAUAGUCAACCUCCUAGCGGCCGACCUCAGACUAACAACCGCGUACCUGCAAAUACAUCCCAAGGUUUACUGGAUAUGGAACCACCGGAUGUGGUGUCUCGAGAACGUGCCCCUCGGUCCUGGCCCUGAUGCCUCUGACGAACCCGGAAGCUCGGCAGCAGCUACGACGGGCAAGGAAGGGCGCGAGGGAUGGCGGAAUGAGUUCUGGAAGACCGAGUUGAGGAUGUUGGAGGCUAUGCUGGAUGCUGAUCCUCGGAAUUUCCACGCAUGGGGAUACCGCCGCUACGUCGUCCGCUCCCUCCCAGCUUCUUUCACUCCAAAACGGACGCCGCAAGACGAGCUCCGCUACACCCAGAAGAAGAUCGAAGCGAACUUUUCCAAUUUUUCAGCUUGGCAUCUCCGGACGAAGCUUCUCGGGGGUCUCUGGGAGGAGAUGGAUCCAGGCGAGGUGAAAGCGGCGAAAGAUGCAGAAUUUGAGCUUGUCACACAAGCAUUAUGGACAGAUCCGAACGAUCAGUCUGGGUGGCUGUAUCAUCGAUGGCUGAUCGGUGCCGCUCCGCCAGAGGAUGUGUUGCGGAGGGAAGUCAAGAACAUCCGGGAGUUGCACGAGACUGAGCCAGAUUCGAAUUGGUGUAUGAAUGCGCUGGCGCAUCAUUGUACCCUUCUUUCAACGAUGGCGGCGUCUGAUGAGGGAGAGAAGCUUAGAUUGGAAGCCAGGGGACUGUAUGAGCGGCUAGAGGUCGUUGAUGCGGACCGCAAGGAGCGAUAUCGAGAUAUGGCUCAACGAACGCUAUCAUAA